AUGUUGUCAGCCGCCAAACGCUGUUUCUCUACUUCCCGUGUCAGCCCCUACAAAGUCACCGUGCUAGGAGCCGGCGGCGGGAUCGGCCAGCCAUUGUCGCUGCUGCUGAAGCUUAACCACAAGGUCACAGACUUGAGACUGUACGAUUUGAAGGGCGCUCCAGGCGUGGCCGCAGAUUUGUCGCACAUCCCCACUAACUCCCUUGUGAAAGGUUUCACGCCCGACAACAGCGGGCUAAAAGAAGCGCUCACCAACACCGACGUGGUGUUGAUUCCAGCCGGCGUUCCUCGUAAGCCUGGUAUGACCCGUGACGACCUUUUCGCCAUCAACGCGUCGAUCGUGCGCGAUUUGGCCACGGCAUGUGCCGAAAACGCGCCCAACGCCGCGAUCCUCGUCAUUUCGAACCCUGUCAACUCCACCGUUCCUAUCGUGGCACAGGUACUCAAGAACAAGGGCGUGUACAACCCAAAGAAGCUAUUUGGUGUCACCACGCUAGACGUGAUUCGUGCUUCUCGCUUCAUCUCUGAGGUAGCCCACACCAACCCAACUCAGGAAAGAGUGACCGUCGUUGGCGGUCACUCCGGAAUCACCAUCAUUCCGCUACUCUCGCAAACCAAGCACAGUACCAUGGACGAGGCAAGCAAAGAAGCGCUCAUCCAUCGUAUUCAAUUUGGUGGUGAUGAGGUCGUCAAGGCCAAGAACGGUGCUGGUUCUGCCACUUUGUCAAUGGCCCAAGCCGGUGCUAAGUUCGCCAACUCUGUGCUUCAAGGUCUUGACGGUGAGGCCGAUGUCAUUGAACCAUCUUUCGUCGACUCUCCACUAUACAAGAGCGAAGGUAUCGAAUUCUUCGCUUCUCCUGUCAAACUCGGCCCUCAUGGUGUUGAAAAGAUUUACUCCAUUGGUCAAAUCUCUUCCGAAGAGGAAGAACUUUUGGCCAAGUGCAAAGAGACUUUGAAGACUAAUAUCCAAAAGGGUGAAAAGUUUGUCACCGAAGCCUAA